AUGAAGCUCUCCGUCUUUGCUACGAUCACCGCCUGUGUGCUGACCGAAAUUUUCGUCACUGCCGCAACCUCAGGAGGGUACCCGUGGGGGUACAAGCACAACGACCCCGAGAUGGCCAGUCCCGAGCAAUGGACUGAGCACUACCCAACUUGCGGUGGCUCACGACAAUCCCCCAUCAACGAGCACUGA